AUGAGCAAGCUGAAGACGCCCAAAAAUCCAUCAGAAGAAGCAGAAGAUGAGUUAGUGACUAUUAAAGACGAGGAAAUUGAUGAAGAUGAAGAGAGUCAAGAUUGGUCUCAGGCUGUCAAACUAUCAACCAAAUCCAUGAUCUCAUCAAUCCCAAAGAGGGGUGAGAAAGAUUACGAGCCGGAUGGGACCAAUGUCCAAGAGUUGCUUCUUUAUAGGGCGAGAAAGGCGAUGUUUGAUACCUUGGCAAAUUCACCUCGAGGUUCCAUUGUAAGCAACCAGGUUAAGGCUUAUUACGAUUCGAAACUUCAUGGAGCCAUUUUGCCACAUCCGAAAGGGAAUUUUUUACAGACAAUGGGAAGUGUUGACCAGGAGGGCAGAUGUUGGUUGGAUUUCCAAGAAUUCGUCUAUUUGGCAGAGAGAGGUACAGUGCUACCCUUUUACAUUAAUGAACCGCGGGACAUUGAAAUUCCUUUGAGUAUGCAGGACCUUUAUUCCCUUUUUAGAAGUCAAGCAGAGAUGGAUAGAUACUUCAUAUUUGCCCAUUUGAAACGGCUAGGAUUCAUCAUCACUUCUUCAUACCAAAGGCGAGUUGAGAAGACCUCUUUCUAUCCACCCUCUAAUCCUGCUUUUGGAUCAAGUAUUGGUUUACGGUAUGAUAGCUUUCUCUCUUUCAUUGAUUUGAAGGGGGCCUCUUUGAUGAAUGCUUUCUUCUAUACUAGGUGGAAUUUCUUGCUUCGGAGGUAUACUUCUACACAAAAAAUCUACGAAGGUUUGAAAAACUUGGUGCCAUCUGUGAGAGUCCCAAAAACUGCCGAUGAAUUACGUUUUGAAAGAAUUCGAUGUCAAUUAAAUCCCACUGCACCAUUUUCAAUUGCCUUCAAUGUAUGGAAACCACAGACGAACUUCAAGAAAAAAAGUCCUGGCUUACCGGACUUCCAAGUUGUAAUUCAUAACAAGAAUGACGCUUCGCAGCAUUUUCCAUCUUAUUCUGAACUACAAGAAAUCUUUCAUUCUCUCGACUAUAAGUUCGACUUUCUCAACGAAAUUGACGAGGAAGUGAACUGGGACAACGAUUCAUAUACGAAUGGUGUUCUGCGAAGCCAGCAUAUCUCCAACGCAAGAUCGAAAGCUGCUUCAACUAAGCCAAGGCCUGUUAACCAUUUGGAUACAAAAACAGAGAAUAAGCACGGUAUGCCCCAUGUCAAGCAAUUUCGUCGACUCAAGGCUGGAUACCGAAGUUUUUUAUUGGCAAUCAUGGACGAUGGGUUGAUAAGCUUUGUCAAGAUAUCCGAGGCAGAUUUUGGAUCUGAGAACGUUUGGUACAUCCCCUCGAACCAGGGUAGUUCAACGAGACCGAAAAGGCAUGGGAACAAUGGAAGGGAUCAACGAAGAUCAAAUCGCAGGCAAAUUAAAAAAAGGACGGAGAAGUAA